AUGGGAAACUGUUUGAGGCGUGAUUCGGCCACGGUAUGGGCCGGCGACGACGACGACUGGGUCGACAUUAGUUCUCAGUUGCAGGUGCAGCCUUGUGAUGAUUGUAAUAAUAGUAAUAAUAAUAAGAAGAAGAAGGCUUACAACCACUUGGUCGAAAAGCAGAGGCUUCUUGGUGAGAUAAUAUCAUCAGCUUCAACAUCUUCAACUUCAACUAAUGGAGAUCAGGUGAAGAUCAAGAUUACUAAGAAGGAGCUGGAUAAGUUGGUGCAUGGAGGAAACCUGCAAGGUCUUUCGUCUGUCGAACAACUCUUAGAUCACCUCUUGACGAUGAACGGCCCUGAUGACGAUCAGAACUUCUAUGAGAUGGAUCAUCAACGGCCCUGGAGGCCAGUCCUCCAAACUAUUCCAGAGUAUUAA